AUGGAACUCCCAAAUCUUUUUCUUUCCUUGUUCCACUGCUUGCUCCUCACCACUACUGGGUAUCUGUGUGUCCAAGGUUUGCCUCAUCAUAGUCGUCGUCAUCAUCAUAAUCGUCGUCAUCUUCAUGACGAGCAUCAGUUAUACGGCUUUCGACCAUCAAAACUAUUUGUAUUUGGGGACUCCUAUGCUGAUACAGGGAAUGUCAGGAAGUCUUUAGCUAACUCUUGGAAGGAACCCUAUGGUACCACUUUUCCCGGAAAACCUGCCGGUCGAUUCUCCGAUGGCCGUGUUCUCACCGAUUACCUUGCCAAGUACUUGGGACUCAAGUCUCCAAUAUCAUACAUAUGGAUGAAAUUGGGAGAGAAAAAGCUGCACUAUGGGAUGAACUUUGCUUAUGGAGGGAGUGGUGUGUUCAAUACUUACAAUUUGUUACCAAAUAUGAGCACCCAAAUCGAUUUCUUCGAGAAACUCAUGAAUAAUGAUUCAGUCUACACCAAAUGGGACUUGCAAUCUUCUCUGGUUCUUGUGGCUCUUGCUGGAAAUGAUUAUGGUGCUUAUUUAGCCAACAAUGGCACUUCCCAGGGUUUGCAGACUUUCAUUCCUCUUGUGAUUAAUCAACUCGCCAUGAACUUAAAACGCCUUCAUGAAAUGGGAGCAAGGAAAAUAGCUGUGACGGCCUUGGAGCCUUUGGGAUGUCUCCCUCAAUUCACUAAAAGUUCUUGGUUCCAACAAUGCAAUGAAACUCAGAACAUGGCUGUAAAUUUCCACAACCUCCUUUUGCAGCAAGCAGUAGAAAAGUUGAAUAACGAGACUCAAGAUUCUGCGUUUUUAGUUCUUGAUCUUUACAGCUCUUUCACGACUGUACUCGAUCAUAAAAAGGAUAACUCAGGAAAUCUGAAAUUUGAUACUCCAUUGAAGCCCUGUUGCAUGGGAGUAAGCAAUGGCUAUUUUUGCGGGAGUGUGGACAAGAACGGUGCCAAAAUGUAUACAGUCUGCAAUGACCCAAAAGCUGCAUUCUUCUGGGAUGGCUCACACCCAACAGAAGCUGGAUGGCGUGCAGUGUUUACAGCAUUACAACCUACCUUUGAACGAUUUUUUUAA